AUGGAGCUGCUGCCCCUGCUCUGGGUGCUGGCCGCGUGCUGGCCCGCGCGCGACGCCUACGACAGUUGUGCAGGGAGCUGCGGGCUGCGGCCCAUGGCCUCUUACUACAGUAGCAUGAUGCGCGUCGUGGGUGGCACAGACGCCCAGCCGGGGUCCUGGCCCUGGAUCGUCAGCAUCCAGGUCCCCUGGCGACGAGGCACCGGGCACAUAUGCGGAGGGUCCCUCAUCAGCCCACAGUGGGUCCUCACAGCAGCUCACUGCUUCAUAAAUGCCAGCUACGUCGAGAUGUGGCGCGUGGUGGUUGGUGCCUCCAGUUUGCUUCAGCUGGGCCCUGAGGCUGAAGUGCGCAAUAUUAAGCGGCUAGUGGUGCACGAAUACUAUAAUAAUCGCUCGCAGAGGAAUGACAUUGCACUGCUGGAACUGGACCAUCCUGUGCAGUGCAGCUACUACAUACAGCUCGCGUGUGUGCCCGACGGCUCGCUGCGAGUGUCAGAGCUGUCGCCGUGCUACGUCAGCGGCUGGGGUGCCAUGGAGGAAGGAUGUGAGAUACGACCUGCCGUCCUGCAGGAAGCCCUUGUCCACCUCAUCGACAACCACAUCUGCAACAGCAGCCAGUGGUACGCGGGGGCCAUCAAGAAGACCAACUUGUGUGCUGGCUAUCAGCAAGGCGGCAUUGACACCUGCCAGGGCGACAGCGGUGGCCCCCUCGUAUGCAAAGACAGAACUGCCGACUACUACUGGCUUGUGGGUGUCACCAGCUGGGGAAAGGGCUGCGGGAGAAUACAUCAGCCUGGGAUCUACACCUCCACCCAGCACUACUACAGCUGGAUCCUGCUGCAGAUGACCACACAGCAAGAAGCGUCAUGGAGAUGGGGUCACUCAUUCUCUGCCCCCGGCCCAUUCCAGAAGCCAAGGCCAAUACCAACGCAAUCAGCCAGGCCUGUGCCCUGCCCAUAUCCACGCCACAAACUCAUGGAAUUCUUUACUGGGGUGCAGGAGCUGCUGCAGGUCCUAAAGAGAAGCAAGACUUGAGCAGCCAAACGGGAUCCAGGGCAGGCUGCAGCGUGCCGUGACCGUUUCCUUCUGGGGCAAUGCCCACUGAGUCAGAGGCAACCCCAGGGCCAACGGCCUGCUCUGCCCAGCCCACCCUCCCCUCACUUCCCACAAACCCUGAGAGUUUACUCAAGUCUAGAAAUAAAACUGCCUAU